UAUCAGCGAUUACCUUUAUAUAAUCAAGUGCCGCGGUCAAUUACCAAUAAGAGCCACACACAGCCUCUCCGCGUACUUAUCGCGCCUGUAGCAGACAACGGCGCCAACACUGCUCACAAGUGCAUACGGGUGGGGAUCAAUGGUAUAUUACCUAUAUAGCCUUGGUGUGUAUAAGCGCGUCCACACACACAUCGCAGCUUAUUAGACAUUUCACGUUUCUCGUUCGCUCUUUCGUCAUCCGCGCAUCAGUACGACUCCACACGCUCGCGUGCGCCGGACGCGAGUGCAACGCCCUGUAACCGCCGCCGUCGUGCAUUAAUCCGCAGUAAAUAAACAAACAUCAUAAUGGAGUCAAGAGCGGAAGAAGAUAUCAAGUUCAUAAAAGAGGAUCUCCUGCCGGAAAUGGUGCACGACAGGUGUUUCUGCGAGCCCGGCUCUCGAGAGUUCGUCGAGUUCGACUACGCCGACGUGCGCGUCCAGCCUCGCCAGUCUCACCAUCUCGACUUCAGCUUCUACCGGGCAACGGUCAGCAUCCUAUUCUCCGGCGAAGCCCAACUGUUCCACGUGCUCGUCAAACUUUUACCUGCUGACGGCUCUUCCGAGCUGGCUUUCAACGGCUUUCUCAACGAAGAGAUACUCUGGAACAAGGGUACUCUGCAGUUCGGCAAGCAGUUCCUGCCGAGAUUCUACUUGGCGGACAUGGGCCGGUAUGGCAGAGCCGCCAUCGUCGUCGAGGACCCGGAGAAGAACGGAUUCGAGAGAGUCGUGGAUAGAGGAUUGAACAAGGAAGAAGCUGUGGAGGUGCUUGAGGUGAUCGGGGAGGUUCACGGUAAAGGAUUGGCGACGAAAGAGGCGAAGUUUUCGAUUUACAGGGAGUUCCAGGCCAAGUUUCAGGAGAUCACUUUUGCUGCGGAAGUCGAGGAGGAGACGAGAGCGAGAUUAGACGGGCACGUCAAAGAGCUGAACUCCAAAAUUGAAGAAAACGCCGAGCUCUCGAAAAAGCUCGCAAAACUCAUCGAUAACGACCUCUACCUCCGCUGCAAGACUUCAUCCGAACGAGAGCCCAGUACGAUCUGCAACGGUUACCUCCUCCGCGAGAACCUGUGGUUCAAGCGAUCGCCAACCGAUGGCAAAAUCGAGGACGUGAAGAUCCUGGACUGGCAGAGAGUCAGGUGCGGCUCGAAUUGUCUUGAUCUGUCCACUGUAUUAUCGGAAUGUGAAACCGCAGAUCACGUCGACGAGCUUCUGGACAGCUACGUCAAGGCCGUACAAAAGGAAAACCCGACGGUUUCCAAGGCAGAUCUCGUUGAUGGUCUGUUAAAACCUGGCUCUAGCUAUGCGCUGCUUAUUACGGCGAUAGAGAAUCGGUCGGUGGUUCGUGUACCUAAUGCUCUGAGUUUGGGACAGUAAUCAUUGUCUAUUGUAAUUUUUUUUACUUCGUUGUAAGGCUAUUAAAAACUUUGUUAUAAAAUAUAAAUUGAGUGUGUA